AUGGACUCAGAUCGCGAGCAUCUCUUACCUCGAGGCUCACCAUUAUAUCCUGUCCCCCCAAAUCGCAUGAAUGAGCGCAACCAAACACAAGCAAUGCGCUCACCGAUAGACGAUGGCACAACACCCCAGCUUUCGCCAUCCCCUUCUCUUCCCGCAUUCUCCCACCUAUUGCAAGGGCGUAGCAGCCAUAUGCGCGGCUCCUCGGACGUGCAGGGAAAGGUAGCGCAAUUCAAUGGCCUAGCAAAAGAGGCAGCUCAGCGGCGAAAAGACAACGAAGCGGCCUUGCGGCGAGCGCUGAUGGGAAGGGAGGAGGCCGAGGGCGAGAGUCAGAGAUACAAAGAUGAGAAUAAGCUGCUCAAAGUCGACGUAGAAGAAGGCAGGGGUCGUGAAAUGAAAGUUGCUCUAAGAUUGGAGAACAUACAGGGAGAGCUUCAGAAAGUCAAAGAGGCGCAGACUCAUGAACGUAAAAUAUAUGAGAAAGAAAUCAGGAGGGCAAGGAAAGAGGCAUUCAAAGCAUCCAGCACGUUGGUCAAUUGCCAAGAUGAAUUGAAAGGAGCAAGAAAUAAGUUUACGCUCAUGAGAGAGGAAGCCGAAGAGCAUAGACGAAAGAAAGACGUUAUUGAGCAAGAAGCUCUUCAAGCAAAAGGCGAACUAGCAGGCCUACAGGAGGAAGUGGACGCCUUGCGGAAGAGGUUGGAUAUUGCUGAACAAGAACGAGAUACGCUGAAGAUGACCGUAAAUCAAGAGGACGUGGCCAGAAUGGCGUCGGCAGGAUCAAUCGCCUUGCCACUCUCGGCCGCAGAUGACGAAUUCUCAAGCCCGAGAAAGCGAAGACGGCACGAAGAGGGAAGCUUGAAAGAGAACUUUGACCCGGAAGCGCCUGUCGAGGAUGAUGCGGAGCUGAUGGCGCUCAGGGAGGACCUCCGGUCACAAAAACGUUUGCGAUUGAAGGCGGAGGACGAGGCUCAUUUCUUGAAAAUGGAAUGCCAAUUUGGAGUCUGUUCAUGUCGUGUCGCCGAGAUGCAAGGCGUAGAAUACGUUCAUGACAACUCAUUCGCACGGCAAAUUCAAGAAGACUCGGGGAAAUACAACACUGGCAACCCAAUUUCUGUCGAAUCCACAAAGGAAGGACCCACAAUAUCAUCCACUGUCCCAACGAUGACAGCAAUGGAUGACGAUGCAGAACAGCCGUCCGAGGAAGGGCUCCUCACUUUUUCACCUACCAGUGGUACAUUCUCAAAGGCCCCUUCGCCUAUCCGACCCGAAUUCCUUGUCAACGCAUGCAAUGUCAUAGCAGACAAUCGACCAUCCACACCCCCACAAAAGUGCCAAAGUACCCAAUCUCCACCAGCCACACAUCACGGUCACCUACCACAGACCCCCCGACCGCUCCCCGAAGCAACGACGCUGCAACAACCGCCUCGUACUGUUAGUCACUUCACCACGAGCACGUCGACGGUGCCACUGAAGGCGGACGACCCUGUUUUCAGUCCGGCACCAAACACACCAGGCGGAAUCAGUCGAGAGGAGGCACUCGAACGGAUCCGACAGCGGAGAGGGCGAGCGAGGAGUUUUGCCGUUGGUAUAGGUGGUACGCCCGGUAGAGGAAGCGUGAGAGAGGGUGAGAGAAGGGAAAUUAGUGCACCUGUGUCUACUGGAAAGCGGAAGGGUUGA